UGCCAUGGUUCAGUGGUGGCUUUGGCAGUGCUGGGGAGCAGUUGGACUUGAUGAUCUUAAAGGUCUUUUCCAACCUGGUUGAUUCUGUGAUUCUAUGACCAUCACUGCCCAGCAAAGAGGAAGGCUGUUGGAGGAUGGGAAUCCAAAGAGGGAGUUUUUGCAGGACAGGAAUCUCCUCAGUGCCUGUGGGGCAGAAUGCAGCAAUCCUGACUGUACUGCUUGCAAGCCCAGCACUGUGUCUCAUCCCACCAGUUUGUCUUCUGGACAAUGCUUCACUUGUGGCUCAUCCGCUUCUGCAGGGAUUCUGGCUGGGGUAGGGGGAACCUUCUCACAAAGUGGGUAUUUCAUUCCCAGCAGCUCACAGCGAAGUCUGGUGGCAUGCCCGGUUUCCUAGAGUAACACAAUCAGAGAAUGGUUGAGUUGGAAGAGACCUUAAAGAUCAGCUACAAAGGGUUGGUGUAGGGAUGCUCCGACAUGUUGCUCUGGUGGGGACUAUCAACCAAGGAUUUGCAGGAUGCAAGUGAAAGGGGAAGGACAAAAGCCCCAAGUCAGAUGGAAGUGGUCAAGGAGGAAAAGAUGUGACUGAUGGUUACUGUGAGCGGAGGCAGAAGGUCACUUGCAAACCCACAGGAAGAUGUGAGGGGUUCUCAGAAGGGAAAUGAAGAGACGGCCGUUGCCUCAGGAGCAGUCACAAGCCUCAGGGGAGCCCAAGGAGGAGCAGAGUUGUUGGUAUGUGAGUAGCAGAGCACUGUGGGAUGGCUGGGAACAGCCCGGACACCACACAGUGCAGCAGGAACCUGCUCCUGGUGCUGCCUGGUGAGUGAUGGGUCAGGGGGAUGUGGGCAAGUGCAGGCUGCGGGAUGGGUUUUCCCAUGGAAAGCACUGACUCAAAGACCACAGCAGGGUUUCACCAUGAUAUGUGGCUGGGACAGGAGGGAGCAUUUUUCUGCUGGGAUGUGUGGAGAGCUGGCAGUGUGGUGGGUUUGCUUUUGGGGCUGUUUCAAAACCUGAGACCAGCAGCCCAGGGUCUUAUCUUCAGCCACCAAGGGAUUGGAUGUGGUGGUUUUGACUUCUCCCGCUGUCCAUGUCUUUGAAGCCCAUGUAACUGAAGGGCUGCUCCUGUUGAGCCUGGCAGCUGAUAGAUUCUGCUGCCUCCCCUCCUGCUGGGGCAGGGGGAGGGCUGACCUGGGAUGUUGGAGUUUUCCCCCAUUUUCCCACAUGCUUUUCCUCCAGAUGCUGCCAGGGGACAGGAGAUCUGUGCUGGUGAGUGGUCUCUCCAUGCCUGCCCGUGCCCCCAGUGCUAUGCUGCCCAGUGGUCACCUUGUUCCCCUCUGAGCAGCCCUGGGGCGGGGUGAUGGGCGACACCGGUGCUGCAAUGUGAUGGUGGAGCAGGAGGAGCGAGGGGACAGGAUGCUCAGCCCUGACCUGCCGCAGCGCUGCCCGGAGCUGGGGAGCUCGGGCAGUCCUGCAUGUGCCUGCCUGCGGGAGCGCUGGCUCAGGUGAGGCAGUUUGGGCAUGGCAGGGCUUGGGGGCUCAGCUCCACAUGUCACAGGUCCCACGGCCCCCCUGCCCUGCAGGCUGCUGCAGGUGGUGGGGCCAGUGCUGGACAGUUGUCUGGCUGGGGUGAAGGUGCUGCUCCUGAACAUCAGCAGGGCUGUCACCCAGGACGUCAUCAUCAGUUUUUCUCCCACGGAGAACCCCAGGAUGCUGAAUGUGACAGAGAAGGGGAAGGCAGGAAAAAUCUGUCUCCCCCGGGGGAUAUUCCGGUCCCUGAGCAGCCAGACAGUGCACGUGGUGGUGACAGUCCUCAACAUCCCACAGCUGGGUAUGUUCCAGGAGGUCAACCAGACAGGGCAGGUCCUGGACAACACCAUGGUGGCCAUCACAGUUGGAGAGACGAGCAUAUCCGGGCUGUGGGACCCCGUGCAGCUCACCUUCACCCAUGGGCGGUUGCCCCACGGCAUCACCCCACAAUGUGUCUUCUGGGAUCCCAGCAAAGGGCAGGCAGGAGGCUGGAGCAGCAGCGGAUGUGACACACAGCCCCAGAACAAGGAGACACACUGCUCCUGUGACCAUCUCACCUUCUUCACCCUCCUGCUGAACCCAGCUCUGGAUAGGUCCACAGCACAAGUCCUGAUGUCUGUUGCCACUGCUGGUUGCGGGGUAGCCAUGGCUUUCUCCAUCUUCACCAUUGCCUUCUGCAUCUUCUUCAGGUGUAGGUUCAGGUCCGAGGAGACCCUUUGUAUCAACCUGGGACUGCAUAUAAACCUGGUGGGCAGCCUGCUCCUCCUCAACCUGGCCUUCCUGCUCAACAGCGGGCUCUCCACUGGAACCCUUCCGGGGACCUGCAAGGUCCUGGGGGGGAUCACCCACUACUACCUGCUCUGCUGCUUCACCUGGAUGGCGCUGGAGGGUUGUCACCUCUACCUUCUCUUUGUCAAGGUCCUCGGCACCUGCAUCCGCCACUACUUGGUGAAGCUGUGCCUGGUGGGCUGGGGCUUCCCCGCCCUUGUGGUGGGGGUGGCAGGAGCCAUUGGCAGCUAUGGAGAACACAGCAUCCAGACCAUGGACCACCAGGUCAUAGCCUGCCUGUGCUGGAUCACUUCCAAACAUCUUCUGGUCCACUACAUCACUAACUGUGGCUACUUUGGCCUCAUCUUCCUCUUCAACACAGCUGUUUUCGGGAUGGUGAUCCAGAAGAGCUGCAGUCUGCAGAGCACAGGGGUGGUACAGGGAGACCGCAAGGCUUGGAAGGUGGCCCUGGUGGCAAUGGGGCUCUUCUGCCUGCUGGGAGCCACCUGGGCCCUGGCGUUCCUCACCCAUGACACCUCCUCUGUGGCCAUGCUCUACCUCUUCACCAUCCUCAACUCCUUCCAAGGAAUCUUAAUAUUCAUCUGGCUGGUUGUUCUCUACUACCCAAAGGCAAAGGAGACCAUUGGCUCCUUCUCCCACAUCAUCAGACCUAACAAAGUCACCACAGCUUCCCAGGACUAGCUGCUGGCUGCACCUCCCUCCCUGCUUGCAUGGGCCCCUCCUGGAAGGAUGCCUCAAUUGCAAUAGGUGCAGCUUCUCACAGAGGGUGAGGGCUCAGUUUACCACACCUCAGUUUACCCUUCACAGUGGGCAUGAUCCACUUUAGCAGUAGAUGUACUUUGCUUCAGCCCAGCCUGCCGUGGGCAAGGAGUUCUGGAAACAUCCCUUCUGCCAAAGUCCCUCCAUGCUGCAGCUGUGCCAGGGUCUUGAAGUGCCCCUGAUCUCCUUCCCCAGGUGCUCUUGUGGGGGCAAGGGGGGAACCCAUAAAUCAUCUGCUUUCAGCCAGGAUGGGCCAUCCUCCUCUGCUAGAGAUGGCCUUUGGUGCUGGACCAGCCUAGUGGUGGGUUUUUCUGCUGUUGGAGGUGGGAUGAUUGAUUGACUCCAGCCCACACUCAGGAAGUUCAGGUCUGGGAAUCAUCAGAAACAGAGAAAUCCCAUGAGGUUCUUUGUGAUACAUCCCCUCCAAACAGACUGAGGCUGAGCUCUUUGAGCAGGGAUCUGCUAAAUAUUCCUCCUUUCCCAACCAUUUCCAGGAGGUCACCAUGCUUCAGCUGAAUGCACACAUGGCCAGUCCUCUUCUUUACCUGUGUUUUAGUAUUAAAUCUCUGUCAGCUUUCUGAACAGUUUGAUUUUA